CCUGGGAAAAACGUUUGCGUGUCACUUUUCGAUUUUGUUGGCACCGUGAAGAAAAAAAAUAAUUCGAGGAAAAAUUGGAGCGAAUUUCCAGAAAACAACGUUGUUUCGUGGUCUUUUCAGCUGAUUAGUGAAAUCCUGUGGAUAGUAGACUUUCCCGUACCAUGGUAGCGUUUCACGGUCUCCCCGUGUGAGAACGAGACUUCCUGAUAACGAGAACCCAUCUUCGGCAAACAAAAGCGAAACCUCCGUGAAAGUUGUCCGGUUGCCCAAUACCUUUGCCUCGAUGGAGGACAGUUUGUGGCUCAUCGAACUCGAGUCCGCGCUGCAGGAUGAUUGCACUGUCGACGACAUUUACGCAAUAUGCCACGGCAAGGCGCUGCCGGAGGCCCUACGGCUGGACGUGUGGCAAGUGUGCCUGGGGGUGCGAAACAAGAUGGACCAGCUGUCGCAACACUUCAACGACAUCUACGAUUUGCCCUUCCAGGCGCAGCUGCACGCAAAAUGCGAAGAGAUCGUUGGCCAAAUUGGAAAUGAUGAGGACAAAGUGUCGGUAGUGUGCGAUCUCGAGUCGAUGCUUACGUUCUACUGCAAAAACCGUAACCUCAUCUACGAGUCGAACAACGGCUGGGUGGAGCUCAUGUUGCCGUUGCUGUCCUUGAAGCUCAUCCGCUCCGACACUUACAAUCUGUUCGAAUCCAUCCGUGAUACUUACAUUCCAAAAGGUUGCACCAAAAACGGAACAGUGUUCAACGUGUUCCGGCUGUUGCUGCUUUACCAUGAUCCCGAGCUGUGCACGAUCCUGGAUACGAAGCGCAUCACACCGGAUUGCUACGCCAUGGCGUGGUUUCAGUCGCUUUUCGCUUCCACCUGUACACUGCCGGUCGUGCUGUCGAUGUGGGAUCUUUAUUUCCAGCAAUCCGACCCGUUCCUGAUCUUCUUCCUCAGCUUGAUCGUGCUGAUCAACCAGCGCGAUCAGAUACUGGCGAUGAAGAGCUGCACGAAGGAGGAGCUGAUCAGCUUUCUAGUCAAUAUGCCGUGCAGCAUCGAAUCGGAUGAUGUGCUCGAUUUCUGCACGCUGGCCCAGUAUUACUCCGUCAAGACGCCGGCCUCGUUCAAACGGGAUUUGCUGCAAGUCCUGUUUGGUGCUCAGAGCAGUACGACCGAACCGUCGGUUGUCUCGCAGGCCCUUUGCCUACCGGUCUCGGUGCAGGAGCUGAUAGAGAAUGCAUCCAUCCAGAAUCCGCAUCCCGAGGCGGUACGCUUCUUUCUGGUCGACUGUCGCCCUGCAGAACAGUACAACUCCGGCCACCUUUCGACGGCAUUCCAUCUCGACAGCAACCUGAUGCUACAAGAACCGGAAGCAUUCCAGACCGCGGUGCAGGGUUUGCUGCGUUCGCAGCGUAAUGCAAUCGAUGCAAACUCGAAUGCCGGCGGAGAGCAUCUGUGCUUUUUGGGAUCGGGCCGAUUGGAGGAGGAUCAGUACACACACAUGGUCGUUGCAUCGUUUCUACAGAAGGGCACCAAGUACGUCUCUCUGCUGACUGGCGGCUAUGAAGCGAUUCACGACUACUUCGGAGACUCGAUGGUCGAUUGCCUCGAAGAUCACGAUCCGCUAAAGUGUUUGCAGUGCAACCGUGAGCAACUACGGUACGGUGGUGGCGUUAGUGGUAAAGGAAAAGGCUCGAUUAACAAUAACAACACUAGUAGCAGCAUCAAUAAACGCGCUAGCAACAGCGGAGUGGAUAGCGGAAACAGCAGUGCAACGAACAGCCUUAAACGUGGCGGUGCUCAGAAAGGUGGAAAUUAUGCCAACAACAACGACAGCACGGGAGGACAGGCGGGAGAUCGAAAAUCGACGAUCGAUUUGUUCAGUAAAUUGUCGCUUGCGAUGAAGACCAAAUCGGCCGAGGUGCGCGAGAAGCUGAUCGAUUACAUUUCCAUGCCGACCGGAGCCGCCAGUGGACAGGGCGGUCAGACGGAGAAGCAUGUUUCGCGGAACGAUCGCAACGGUAAGCGGUACCGAAAUGUGCCGCCCGUGUUUAGCAUCGGUGAAGAUCACGACGAUGAUGAUGAGCUAAAUUCGGCUGCCAGUGAGUCAUCUGCGAGCACCGUUCCCCGGAAUCGUUUGCAGGAUGGUUCCGAUGUGACCGAUGAUGUGGUAUCGAUACAAGCCUUCCUCAAGGGACCGGACGUAAUCCGUCAUUUCAAGUGCCAGGAGGUGCAUCUGAACGGAUACAUGUACGAUAGCUAUCUGCUCGUAACAGCCACUCAUCUACUGGUGCUGCGUGAACUCGAGAAACGCAAAGAUCGGGCGCGCAUCAUCGUACGCCGGCCACUUCAAAGUAUCGUGAAAAUAACGGCCAAGAAGAGGCAUCGGGAUUUGAUCACGUUCAAGUAUGGUUACCCGGAAGAGGAGAACCUCGUCGUGACCGACAUGGAUCGGUUUCUCAUACCGAACGCCAGCGAAGCGACUGAACUCAUCUCUCGGCAUAUAAUUAAGCAAACCUAAGGCUUCGGCUACCCUUUAUGUCCCAACUGAGGAGUGGUGUCAGAAGGAAAGAUGAGAGUGAGAGAUAGAGAGACCGUUUAACGGGUAUUUUAGAGCUGUUUUUAUUUGCCUUGUUUCGAUAUCAGUCCAGCCAUUUUAGCUUUUGCCGUCUUUGGAUGUUGCGUCUUACGAUUAUGAAUGUUUAUUUAUGUUUUAUCUAUGCGUUACUGUGGCCGGCUUAAUCUUAUUGUUAACAUCUUUGAACGAUCUUCCUACCCUUGGAGCCGUGACUUCUGCGUUUUUCUGAUUUCGUGUGCUGCACCCAUCAUAGCGAUGCUUAGUGCACUGUAUAUAGAGAACUGUAGAAAGUCAUGCAGCCAUUUUUUCUUCGAUUUUCUUAACAAUUAAUUGUGGACGUCAUAACGAUCCCUUUCCCGGUGUAUCUUAAGCUGGUAAUGAAUAUAGUGAAAUGCGUGCGUAGAAAAAUAAAAUCCAGACCAAAUGAUCCCUUCCCUUUCUCGCUGUGCAAAUGAGGAAUAGCAGUGGAUGUUGUUACUUAAA